GAAGCGCGCUCCCGACACUUCAGGUGAAUGAGAGGGAAGCGGAGGAGCGGGACCCAGCAGCUCACGGUGCGUCGCACUAAAACAGGAACAAUAAGGGCGAAAUGAAUUGUGUUACGGCGCUCGGGGCGCACGCUUCAGUGACAGCAUGUCUACUCUUCGUGAUGGGAUGCGCUGCACAGAGAGUAUAUUUUGACUGUGGUGCCAAGGUGGAAGUGGUGGACAUCCAAGGCCUCAUUCUGUCUCCUGGCUUCCCCUACAACUACUCCUCCGGCACGCACUGUGUUUGGCAGUUUGUUGUGCCUGUUGAUCACCAGCUUGUUCUAGAGAUAUUUGACUUUGAUGUAUUUGAAAGCCACGACUCUGAAAAUCAAUAUUCUGCUAUCUCUAAUUAUGAAGAAGACACAGAGAGGAAGGUGACUGCUAGCCCUGGGAGUUUAUCUGCAGAUGAACCUUCAGCUGUAGCAAUGGAGUCUAUGCUUCAAUGGAGAAAGGAUGUCUCAAAGGCUCAGCAGACCUCUCAAGAUGGUGAGGUCAAGCAAGUUGUUGUCCAGGAGCAGUCCUCAAAAAUGGAGAUUGCUAGAGUUUCAAAUUCAGCCAAAAGAUCUGCAGAUUCUUCAGCUUCCCCACCUUCAUCUUUUGUCCUCCUUCCUGGGGCUGUUCCUCCAGGAGACAAGAUCAUGAGCUCUGGCUCUGCCCCGCAGUUGAAGAGAGACCUCAAUCCCAAUUUGAGUCCAAGUCCAGUUAUGGAAGAGACCACCUUUAGUUCACCACACUUCACAGAAACUCCAGCUGUGAGCCCUGAAACUCAAUCGAUACUUGAUGCCUGCCCCCACGAUGUCCUCUACAUCUCAGACCUCAUCACCUUUUCCUCUAGGUUCUGUGGGUCCAACCGGCCUCCCAGCAGCCAGCUGGUUUUUGGCUCUAGCCAGGAGAUGGUGGAGGUCAUCAUGGAGCUCAUCACUACCACCCACUGGGGACGGGGUUUUGCUCUUAUUUUCCAUUAUCACAACUUGACUGAGCCAGGGGGAGAUCAGCAUGCUUUGUCUCCACCGGCCAGCAAGGUAGACUCUCUACUUGCUGCUGUGAGUGGAGCAGCCUUCUUCGCUUUGCUACUUACAAGUGUCCUCUGCAUCAUUUUCAGACCCAAAUUGUGUCCAAAAAGAGCGAGUUCCUGCACAUCCAGUAACUCUGAGGUGCCAGAGGAAGCACAAAACACUGGUCCUGAAAUCAGUGAGCUGCAGCUGAUGGCUGAGAGUCAGUCCAUCCCAGAGAUGACUAUACAGCAGGACAACAGCCAGCUACACAAAGUUGCAGCAGAUGGCAACAUUUCCCAGAUUGCAGAGAUGGAUCUUUCCUGCAGUGGCUUGACUGAACUUGAUCUUGGUGCAGAUGAGGUUUUUAUGGCAUCAUCAGUCGCCAGCCCAAACAGGCUACCCUUCUCUCGGCAUGCUAGAGAGAGGUUUCUGCGACACAGCGACACUGGCCCUGGCCCUUCAUGUGACUGGCCCUCAGGAGACCCCAACACUUCCCCUACUGGUGCCAGAUCCCUUAAAGAAAGUGGCAGUGCCUGCUCCAGACCAAGAGCUUGGAGUGUCCGCACCUUUCAGGACUUCUUUCCUCCUCUGCCACAGCUCCACAAGAAGUGGUGUAGCUGGAACUCCACCAGUCCAUUCACCAAGCUGGUCGAUAGUGCCCCAUCCAGGAUGAUGGCUGACAGCAGAGGGGGCAACAGCCGGAAGGUCUUCUCAGAUGUUCAGCUGGAAGCCCAGGCAGACGUUGGUGCUUUCUCUGAUUCAUCCAUCAGCAACGCCUCCUACCCUCUAACGCAACCCGCACAAAGGCAGCGGCGUCUCAACUCCACCAGCAACUUGCGCCGCUCCCGAUUCACAGGACCUUGCUUUGGCCUUCUCUCUGAGGUGAAAGACCCUCUUAAGGGGUCCGUGGUUCCUCCAGGCUCCCCCUCAGAGCCCAGCCCCAGAUCUACCUCCUCCUCCACUCAAUGCCAGAUGGAAGGUGGUCAGGUUGGAAUGAGGCGCGAGUUCCCGGGCGAGAGUGAUCACAUCAGUGUGCCGGUGUUCGCCAUAUCUGAAGAGGAGGACCGUCAGCCUCUUGUUUCAGCUGAACACCUGGAUGUGACUACUGUCUCUGUUGUGGAGAACGGACUGGCUAAGGGGCCACAUGAGGCGCAGAGACAUCCCACUGGGAGCUUCAGCCCCAAAAGGGCCAGACCAGAGUGGAGGCCAUGGGGGAGCCAAGCUUCAGGAGGGGUUGGUCCACAACCUUUCAGCACAUUUAUCGAGUCACAGGAAGUGAAUGUCAGCCAGCCGUCUGUCAGUCUGUCCAUGGGGCUGUGCACUGUGACAAACCAGAUGUGACUCAGUAGUGAGGAGCAAAGACUGGUGCCAGUUUUGUAUUUCUGAACUCCGUUAGCAUCAAUGUUUAAACAAAUAACCUCUGUUUCUGAAAUCAGCUUUUACAAAUGUAUUUCAUAGCCUUUUGUUGGAAAACUCUCCUUCCUUAAUGAAUUUUAUAACAUUGCCCUUUGGGCUAAGAAUACGCUGCAUAUUAUACCAAUUAUACUGAUGUACUCUGUUUAAGUAACUUUUUCCAUCUCCUUGUUAGCACCUUUUAACCAGAUGUCUUAAAUAGUUUAUUGUAGUUACAUCACUCCAGCGGAUGCACUUUGCUUUUUGAUAUUUCUGUCCGUGUUGAUUUAUGCUGCUUGUGUCGGUUUUCUGCCUCUGCCUUCAUGUGGUUGGUCACUUCGUCUGCUCUUCGGCCCACACUUACAACCGUCUCCACGGAGACCAUUUACCCAAAAGUAUUAUGUAGGACAUAGACUCGCAUUUGUAUGAGUGUUAAACCAUUUUAUGUAUACUCCUAAGAUUAUGGAUUAUGAAAGGGAAAUCUAAAAGUAUUAAUAUACACCAUUAUGUAGUACAAUAGCACUUAAAAUAGCAUUUACAGAAAUGAAUAGUAGUUUUAAUAAAGAUGAUUUAAAACCA